UCAAGGAGCGGCUGUCAGGAGGUCGCCAUAUUUCUGUACGGUCCUGAAGCAGCCCGGGCAGUCGCCGGGUCGGGAGAGGUGCUGACAGGGCGGAGCCGCCGCCUGGCUCAGCGGGCCUCACCCCUCCCGCCCGGGACAGGUGGCUGGAGCGCGCCCGCCUCCGCCAGCUGCGAGUGGGAGCGAGGGAGGGCCGGUCCGAGACGGUCGCCGCCAGCUGCUAGUGCGAGUGAGCGAGGGCUAGUCCUGGACCACCGGGCCAGGGGUCCGGCGGCAGCAGACAAGUACCGUGGCGGCCAAAAAAAUGUUCCUCUGCCGAGGGGCCCCCGCCGGCCCUGGCGCACCGGGCUGCGGAGUGGCCCGGCCCGGCGGCGGCCCGCAGGCCUUCGGGAUCCGCCUGAGCACGAUGAGCCCCCGCUACCUCCAGAGCAACUCCUGCAGCCACACGCGACCCUUCAGUGCCAUCGCGGAGCUGCUAGAUAAUGCUGUAGAUCCAGAUGUAUCCGCCAGGACGGUCUUUAUAGAUGUUGAGGAGGUCAAGAAUAAAUCUUGUUUGACAUUUACCGAUGAUGGAUGUGGGAUGACACCUCAUAAACUACACCGAAUGCUCAGCUUUGGCUUUACAGAUAAAGUAAUAAAGAAGAGCCAGUGUCCCAUUGGGGUCUUUGGUAAUGGUUUCAAGUCAGGCUCCAUGCGGCUAGGAAAGGACGCCCUUGUCUUCACCAAGAAUGGGGGUACUCUCACUGUUGGACUUCUAUCACAGACCUAUCUGGAAUGUGUCCAGGCCCAGGCAGUUAUUGUACCAAUUGUUCCUUUCAACCAGCAAAACAAAAAAAUGAUAAUUACUGAGGAUUCAUUGCCCAGCCUAGAAGCCAUCUUGAACUAUUCCAUUUUCAACAGUGAAAAUGACCUGCUGGCCCAGUUUGAUGCCAUCCCAGGCAAAAAAGGCACUCGUGUUCUCAUUUGGAACAUCCGCAGUGCAUUUUUUUUUGUCCUUUGGAGCCAGUUUUUGUUAGAUUGGUACUUGUCUCGUUUCCCCAGAAAUAAAGAUGGAAAGUCUGAGUUGGACUUUGAUACAGAUCAAUAUGACAUCCUGGUAUCAGACUUUCACACAGAAGAAAAAGUGACUGGCGAUGUUACCUCUGAGCUGCCAGAAACAGAAUAUUCUUUAAGGGCGUUUUGUGGUAUUCUAUACAUGAAGCCACGGAUGAAAAUUUUUCUGCGUCAAAAGAAGGUGACUACCCAGAUGAUUGCCAAGAGCCUGGCUAAUGUAGAAUAUGAUACAUAUAAACCUGCCUUCACAAAUAAGCAGGUGAGAAUCACUUUUGGGUUCUCUUGCAAGAAUAGUAACCAGUUUGGAAUAAUGAUGUAUCAUAACAACCGACUCAUAAAAUCCUUUGAGAAGGUGGGGUGCCAGGUGAAGCCAACUCGUGGAGAAGGUGUAGGAGUAAUUGGAGUCAUUGAGUGCAAUUUCCUAAAACCUGCCUACAACAAACAAGACUUUGAGUAUACCAAGGAGUACCGGUUAACAAUAAAUGCCCUUGCCCAGAAGCUCAAUGCUUACUGGAAGGAAAAAUCAUCUCAAGAUAAUUUUGAGACCUCAGCUGUAGUCAGGCCAGUACCGAAGGUCCCUGACCAGACAUGGGUUCAGUGUGAUGAGUGUCUUAAAUGGAGGAAGCUUCCUGGCAAGAUUGAUCCAUCCAUGUUACCUGCAAGAUGGUUUUGUUAUUAUAAUUCUCAUCCAAAGUACAGGAGGUGCUCUGUUCCAGAGGAACAAGAACUCAAUGAUGAAGACCUGUACUUGAGCAAAGCUAAGAAACAAGAGCAAACUGUUGAGAAGAAGAAGAUGCCUGUAGAAAAUGAGAACCACCAGGUAUGUAGUAAUCCACCAAAGAACCUUACUGUUCAAGAAAUGGCUGGAUUGAAUAACAAGACCACUGGAUAUGAGGGAAUUCAUAGCCCUAGUGUGCUUCCAUCUGGUGGAGAAGAAAGCAGAUCACCUUCUCUUCAACUUAAGCCUCUGGAUUCCAGUGUUCUUCAGUAUUCCAGUAAGUACAAAUGGAUCGUAGGUGAGGAACCAGUGGAGAAACGAAGAAGGCUCCAGAAUGAGAUGACAGCACCUGUUCUAGAUUAUUCCAUGCCUGCUCCUUACAGGAGGGUAGAGGCAGCUGUUGCCUACCCAGAAGGAGAGAACAACCAUGACAAAUCGAGUUCUGAGAGAAGUACACCACCAUACCUUUUCCCAGAAUACCCAGAAGCGAGCAAGAAUACAGGUCAAAACAGAGAGAUUUCAAUUCUGAAUCCAGGGGCCCAAGACCAACGUCAGGGGUCCCUGCUUCCUGAAGAAUUAGAAGAUCAGAUGCCAAGAUUGGUGGCAGAAGAAUCUAACAGAGGUAGCACGAGCAUAAACAAAGAAGAAGUGAACAAGGGACCUUUCGUAGCUGUUGUUGGUGUUGCCAAAGGUGUUAGAGAUUCAGGAGCUCCCAUUCAGCUGAUCCCUUUUAACAGAGAGGAGCUUGCUGAGAGACGAAAAGCAAUUGAAUCCUGGAACCCAGCGCCUUAUUCUGUGGCCUCUGCUGCAAUCCCUGCUGCAGCCAUUGGGGACAAAGGAAGAGGCUAUGAAGAGAAUGAAGGUUGUAAUACACCAAAGAUGAAGAACCAGAGAGAGCUGGAAGAAUUGAAGAGAACCACAGAAAAAUUGGAACGUGUUUUGGCUGAAAGGAAUUUGUUCCAGCAAAAGGUAGAGGAGCUGGAACAGGAGAGGAAUCACUGGCAGUCUGAAUUCAAGAAAGUCCAACAUGAAUUGGUGAUCUACAGUACCCAGGAUGCGGAAGGCUUGUACUGGAGCAAGAAACACAUGGGUUAUCGCCAAGCUGAAUUCCAGAUUCUGAAAGCUGAGCUGGAAAGAACCAAAGAGGAAAAGCAAGAGUUGAAAGAUAAACUGAAGGAGACAGAGACACACCUGGAAAUGCUGCAGAAGGCUCAGGUCUCCUACCGGACCCCAGAGGGAGAUGACCUAGAAAGGGCUUUGGCAAAGCUUACACGGCUCCGUAUCCACGUCAGCUAUCUCCUUACUUCUGUCCUCCCUCACUUGGAGCUUCGUGAGAUCGGGUAUGAUUCAGAACAAGUGGAUGGGAUCCUGUACACGGUGUUGGAGGCAAAUCACAUACUGGAUUGAGCACCAGACUGUAUACCCUUCUCUUGUCUUCUGUCUGUUCUCUUUUCCCUCCCUCCCCCACAUCUCUCUCUUUCUCUCUCUUACCUUUAUGCCUUAUAUAGAGAAUCUCUGUAAGUCCUGGCUCAUAAUAAGUCUGCUUCUUAUCAGUUUUGGUGUGAAGAAAGAUGCCAGUUUAAAUAGGCUUUCAAGUCUUGGAACAGAAAAGCAAUAGUCACCAAGCUUGGUGACCUGAGAGCUUUAAUUUUCAUGACCUGGAUACGUGGUCUAUUUUAUAUCUUUUUCUAAAAUCAUUUGUAUUCAUUAAGGUUAAAUCAAUCAGUAGAUAUUGGGUACCAGCUGUUUUCGGGUAAGCUAACAAGUAUAACUCGUAUUUGCAGCCUUCAAAGGUGUAACAAUCUAGUUGGAAAUGUAAGACAUACAUCACAUUAUACACAGAAGUGUAUGAUAUGUACAACUGAGUGGCACAGAUAUGACAAUGAAGAUCUGAGGGAGGAAGUUCAAGGAAGGCACCACACCAGAAAUGGGACCUAAAUUAAGGCUUAAAAAAUGAGCAUGGCCACACUGUCAGUGAGUGAUCUUUAGGUGACAGGACUAUGCUUGAUACUUUUCUUCUUCCUAUCUUCUUGCCUUUUUCAAAUUUUCUAUAUUAAACUUGUUAUUCUUCCUACAUUGAAAAAAAUAAAUUGUUUUUCAAAAGAUCAA